AGGCGGUUUAGGGUGGGUAAAAAUCAGGAUAAGGAUGAGUUAUCAUCAACAAAAAGAAAACAACAAAUGGACUUUUCUAUGAAGCGACAGUAGAGCAUGUUCGACCAGGAUACAAUAGCCAAUCAUCGUGCUCUGCCUCUUGCCUUGAAGCCAGCUGGGCGUGUCCUGUCAGGAACCUACGUGGAUUCUAAUAACAUCUGCGAGACGUGUGCACCGCUUUAAUUCGCCCAUCUGGCAGUUUGUUAGGAAAAUCUUUUUGGCCGAAAUGUAACGUUAAAUAGAGAUACUAAAAUAUUUGAAGCAAGAAUAAUCUUUUUCAACGCAUUAAUGUUAAUUAUGACUUAAAUGGGUCAUCAAAAGCUAUUUUUACGGUGUUCCCGCAAACUCAUUAUUUUGCGCUGACUGUGAAGUUUCUUCCGGACUCAAAUAUUGUUGAGCAACCCAGUUACCUAGCAACUGACUCCACAAGCAAAUUUGAAGUAAACACAGACGUUAUUUAGCCUAGGGAUUUAUAUUAAUUAAUUAUUACAUUAAAUUAUAUUGUGCUUUGCAACGCCAUCUCACUUGAAGCCAAAGUCCCUUCAUAAAAUGGCAAAGUUUGUGAUGGCUGGCAAGACUGACUGUCCAUACUAUGCCAAAGCAGAACUUUUGGCUGACAAAUUGCAACGUUCUUUGCCAAAUUUCCGCAUACACAAGAUCUCAAUCCUGCCAGAUGACUGGAAGAAUUGGCUAGAAGAUACGUGCAUAAGGAAUGGGUGGAAACACGAUGAGUCACCUUUAGUGUGGAGAGAACUGGUGCACCAAGGAGGCAAAGGGGUGUUCUUAGGAGGCUUUGAGGAUUUUUUAGAGCACUGUCAGAUGUACUACAACAUAACAUCAGACAUGUCUGAAGAAAUGAUGCAAAGUAUUGCCAAAGAAAACCUUGUCACCAAGGUUAACCUGAUUAUGGAGGAGCAGCAUCGCGCUAGUCUCAUCCAACCCCUUCACAUAUGGAUUAGCAGCGCGCUGAACCCAACAUGCAACAUGCUGAUCCCCAGUCUGCUCUCUGCUGAGGUGGUGUCCCAAGCCUCUGCCAUUAGCCUCCAUCUCCUGCAUGUGGAAGGCAACCAGGAGGAAUUACAAUCGCUAAAGAUGGAGACUGAAGAUCUAGCUUUGCCUCAGCUUCAUCAGGUGACCAUUCACACAGAUCUGAAAGAAGCAUUCCAGAAAGCUGAGAUCAUCCUCCUGUUGGACGACCACUUGUGUGAAGUCACUGAUAGCAAGGAUGUGCAGGAGCAAAAGAAGAUGAAAGCAAUUGCAGACCGGUACACUGAAUACGGGCACUUGAUUGAGGCAAGGGCAAGCAGCAACGUGAAGGUGAUCGUGUCCGGUGGGUCACUUGUGAAUCUCAGAUGCUCAUUUCUGCUGAAAGCCUGCUCAAUCGACUGCCGUCACGUUGUUGCUGUUGCAACUCAGUUGGAGAAUGAAGCCAGGGCUGCCAUCGCCAGCAAGCUCAAAGUGAGGACUUCAGAGGUGACAGACGUCAUUGUGUGGGGAGAUGUUGGUGACCGCUUCUACAUUGACCUCCAGAGGGCCAAUGUUUUUAAUUACAAUGGACCAAUCAAAGGGCCGCCUUUCUUUUCCCAACCAGUACUCGAAAUUGUCUAUGACAGGGAAUGGUUGGAGAGCGACUUCCAAGAUAUUGUGCGUUGUCAGCAAGCUGCUGUAGUUUCAAAGACCCAUCACGGAACUCACAUGUCAACUGCCAAUGGGAUCCUCACUCUCCUAAAGGCAUGGAACAAGACCUCCGUUCCCAGUCAGGUGUUUUCUGUUGGGGUCUUGUGCACAGGCCAUUACGACCUCCCAGACGACGUGGUCCUGUCCUUUCCAGUGACUUUCACAGAUGGCCGGUGGUCCGUGGUGUCCGACGUGACUGUUGGAGAUGAUCUGAAGCAGCGUCUUCAACUUUCUGCAAGUGAACUCAGGAAAAAGAUGUUGAUCUUGGAAAGCACAAGCGAAGGAAAAACCUAAAUAAAACUUCAAACUGUUAAAGGUCCCCUCAUCAGAAUCUUUUUUUUUUUUUACUAUUUUAUGCUCAAGGUAUGUCAAAUUGAGUCUGUGACACAGUUUAAGUUUGAUAUCCAUGCAGUCACUUGACUGAAUGCUAAAAUCAAUCAACAGCAUAGGCUUGCAAAACAUGAGAAUUUGAAAUAAUUGACAUUGUGAUGUAAUUUCUUCAAUGGAUAUCAACUAUUUGCCCACUUUGUUGUUGGUACACACCCACCCAACUCAGCUGAACAGCAAGGCACCAUGUCUGGCUUCCAAGUGAGCCUCAUAAAUCAUAAAAAUACAAUAUAUAAUGUGAAUAUUUUGUGUUUUCCAACAAUACUCAUAUUAAUAAUUUAUGAUGUAACAGUGGUUAAAGUGGUGAACUUGCAGUCACAUUUGCCAGAAAUCGUUGUCAUCGCAGGUUAGCUCAAUUCCAAUGAAUUGAAGCGAUUGAUGAGCAUAACCUCAAACUACCCCUCUUUAUAUUUUUAUUCACAUCCCCUUUCAGUUCCUAUCAAUAGGCCAACAAUACAAUGAAUUAAGGCUCACAAGGAUCGCAAUGGGGGACGGGUGUCCCGCUGACUGCGAGGGCCGUAAUGGGGAGUAGAAUUGGGAAGAACAGGACGCAGAUGGGGUCACCACGGCCACUUACAACACACCGCUCCAUGCUUCUCAACAGAAGAUGCCAUGAUUGGAGCCAUCCGAGCCAAGCUGCUUUUGAUGUUUAAACUGGCAAAGACGAGCAAUCCAUUAAGAGUAUAGAUUUACACGGCAGACAUAAUAAUGAGAUAUCCAACCAUGUCUAAUGCUAGACAGACAAGACCAACUACAAAAGCUUGAAAAAUGACAUUUUGGGCAUCUCCAACACAGUAAGAACAACCAGUCCAGAAAAUUGAUUAAUUAUAGACUUCAAAGACAAUUGAAAUUAUUGACCAAAGGGGACCUUUAACAAAUAGAUUGGGAAAAACAGAAGGAUAAAUUAAAAUACAUUAUCCUUUUCAGUUUGUUCUUUUAUUCUCUCACUUUAGUGUAGUUCAACUCACCAUUUUAACAUUAUAAACCUUGCCUGUACAAACUUAUUUUGCCUUUGAGUCUCACAAUGUAAAAGA